AUGGCGAAAAAUCUGAAACCCUGCGAUCCCGAAGGGGAAGCCGUCCAGAAAUCGUUCAAGGAGCAAAUCGAAGAGCAGAAACUGAUCGGCCGAAUGCGGGGCAAAGUGAACAAGGCCAAGGACUUCCUCAAAGCGGCGAUCGAACCGAAGAACCACAAAUUGUUCGAGUACGUCCUGUUUUUCUGGAUCACGCCGAAGACCCUCAUUAAGUACAUCAGGAUGAAGGAAUGGGAGGCGGCGGAGGCGCUGCGGCUGAAGGCAAUAGCCGAAGGAGGCGGCGGAGAGGGCGAAGAACCGGAAUUCGUUCAUGUAGCAUCCCAGUUGCCCAAACGGAACACCAGAUACGUACCCAACGGUGUAGUAGUAGCAUAA